AUGGUUCCGCCCGUCUCCGAGUCUGCCGCGCCGCGACCGGGGGCCACCCAUUCUCUCCUCUCCUCUCCUCUUCUCUCUCCCCUCCUCCUCGUCCCCGCAGCCGCUGUCGUUGUCGCUUUCACGCCCACGCCAACCCAGCCCUCUGCCCGACUCGCGCCACGCCUCGCGUCCCACCAUUCACACGCACGCAUCCCGUCCACCUUCGCCGUACCCCCUCCCCCCUGCGCACCACCACCCCCUGCUGCCCCUGCUGCCCCUGCUCCCUCCCUCCCACCACUCCCCGGCCAGCGGCGAGCCCACUUUACGUGUCUCGCCCGUACCGCCCCCAUCGAUCGUCCUUAUCCGUCACAUCACCACCUGGCCAAGCCCGCAAAGGCAAGUCUCCCUUGCGCGUCUCACCAGCCGCUCUUUCCCCCGCAUCUGCUCUGUUCGCCCUCCCAGCGCUAUCCCUUCCCGGGAAGCUGCCCUCAUCCCCGGCAGAUCGGCCAGGCCGAGCCACAUCUAGCGACGCCUCAUGGCCCCGAGUCUAACCCAGCGUCUGCUGCGUUGUUUUCAUUUCCCUUGCCGGCUGUCCGCGUCUCCAUCUCCCUCUUUGUCCUCUCUUUUCCCCUUCUGCCCCAGCUGACGCUCGCUAUAUUCCCUGCCCCUUCGUAUUGUUCCGAUCAAUACUCCAUAUGCACCCGCAGCCUGCGACGAGCCUUGCGCUGCUCUUCUAUCUUCUGUCAGUCUGCACAAUGA